AUGGCCUCCUCAACGUCGGUUGAUGUUUUGCCCACAGGCUUCAGGAUCUUCACCACCCUUCCUGAUGUGUUCUUCAUCCUUGAGUUUGUGUUCGGGGGUUUGGUCUGGAUGCUGGUGGCAUCGAUUCACAUCAAGCCAGAAAACCCUCUGGGCUGGGUGAUGUUCGUCUCUGUCUUCUGCUUCGUCAUGACGACAGCCUGGUUCUUCAUCUUCCUCUGUGGAGCCAAUCAGUCCAGCAUGUGGCCCUCUCUGGAUGUGGGUUAUCAUUUUGUGGCUGUGGUUUUCUACCUCAGUGCGUCCGUGGUUCUGGCGUACAUGACCGUUCUGCAAGGAAAUGUUUUGGCACUUUUACCUUCCACAACUUUUCCAUCAGCAUUGCUCCGGAGUGUUCUCAAAACCUACCGACUGACCAUUUCUGCAGUGGUGAUGUCUCAUUUGGCCACUCUCUCCUACUUCGCCCAUACCGUCCUCUCUGCUAUUCGAUGGAGGAGGUCCUAAAAAAUGCCACCAACAGCAAACACAAAGAGGACCAAAAACAGAAGAAACCAAAUAACCAACUGAUCUUUUACUGGACUAAAUACAGAAUGACAUUUAAAAAAACGUUUUUAUUUUCAUCUCAGACGGUCUGUGAA